AGUAGGCUAUCAUUCUUUAGAAAAGAACCAGUUAAUCAGCUUGAGACGAACUGCUGAACAAGAUGGCGGAGUGAGUGGAUUGCGCUUUGGAAAAAAGUAGCGACUACUUUUCUUAAAUAUUACAACAGAUAGCUAUAUUCGUUUAUGUAUGCGUUUCACUGUGAGAUAAGUUAAAAUAAAAUCGCCCCUCUAUUCGAGGUGGUUUAGGGAAAACGUCGAACACAGGACCGUACGAAUAUAGCGUCCUCCCUAUAUAAGAGGCUAGCUAGGUUGUUUUCGGCUUUUGGAAAACUGGUCAAUAAGCUACACGGAUUUAUAAGACUACACUUAAAGACAUACACUUAUAUAUGACCGUAAUUAUGAAAUAGCCUUCGUGAGCUUCCAAGGAAGAUAGAUAGACGACGAGGUUUUAGUGUAACUAGCGAACAUUUUUCAACCGUUCUGAUUCGAACAAGAGAAAAGAACCGAAAGCUAGAUAGCUUAACAGAUUAAAGAGACGCAUAUAUUCUAUUAUAAAACGCCGCCAUUUUACAUCGUUUUAGCAGUUUCUAGGAAGCACAAAAAGUCAUGGCUAGUAGCAGCGGUUCUAAAGCUGAAUUUAUAGUCGGGGGGAAAUACAAGCUUGUCCGGAAAAUUGGAUCAGGAUCUUUUGGAGACAUAUACUUGGCUAUCAACAUUACAAAUGGAGAGGAGGUCGCUGUAAAACUGGAGUCACAGAAAGCGAGACACCCUCAGCUUCUGUAUGAAAGCAAGCUGUAUAAAAUUCUUCAAGGAGGAGUUGGAAUUCCACACAUCAGGUGGUAUGGCCAAGAAAAAGACUAUAACGUCCUGGUGAUGGAUCUUCUGGGACCCAGUCUAGAGGACCUCUUUAACUUCUGUUCCCGCAGAUUCACAAUGAAAACAGUUCUUAUGCUUGCAGAUCAGAUGAUCAGCAGAAUCGAGUAUGUACACACAAAAAACUUCAUCCACAGAGAUAUCAAACCAGACAACUUUUUAAUGGGCAUUGGCCGCCAUUGUAAUAAGUGUUUAGAAUCUCCAGUGGGGAAGAGGAAAAGAAGCUUGGCUGUUAGUUCUUCUCAGGACCCAUCUUUCUCAGGAUUAAACCAGUUGUUCCUCAUUGACUUUGGUCUGGCCAAAAAAUACCGGGACAACAGGACACGACAACACAUACCCUACAGAGAAGAUAAAAACCUCACAGGCACAGCCCGCUAUGCUAGCAUCAAUGCACACUUGGGCAUAGAACAGAGUCGCCGAGAUGACAUGGAAUCUCUAGGCUAUGUGCUGAUGUACUUCAACAGAACAAGCUUGCCUUGGCAGGGACUGAAGGCUGCCACAAAGAAACAGAAAUAUGAGAAGAUUAGUGAGAAAAAGAUGUCUACACCUGUUGAGGUUUUGUGUAAGGGUUUUCCAGCUGAGUUUGCCAUGUACCUGAAUUACUGUCGUGGGCUACGAUUCGAAGAGGCCCCUGAUUACAUGUACCUGCGUCAAUUGUUCCGCAUUCUUUUCAGGACUCUGAACCACCAGUAUGACUACACAUUUGACUGGACCAUGCUUAAGCAGAAAGCAGCACAACAAGCCGCAUCCACAGGGGGACAGGGGCAACAGGCACAGACCCCCACAGGCAAGCAAACUGACAAACCCAAGAGUAACAUGAAAGGUCCAAUGGGCUCCCAGUCCUGAUGUACUUCUCUCCCUGAAGGCAUGUUUCUAAGCAUUAAAGCGGUUUAAUGUAAGAAGAGAAGAGAGGUCUUAGCAGGAUUUGCCUUCAGAUCACAUCCCAGCGUUUAGAAUCAAAUUCACAUCAGGCAUUCCUUUCCUCUUAAAAGAAUAGAUUUCAUAUACUACAUAUGUAAUCAGGUUAUAUGGGUACCAUGCUCUGCAUAUAUCUAUAUAUUGGUAUGUAUAUAGUAUAUUCACAAAGAGGGCAGGCUUGGUAUGAAAUUUAAAAUUGUAAUAUUUUCUAUCCUGUUUCGGUCCCUGCCUUCCCUCUCUUUCCAGGAUUAUUCCAAAACAUUAGAAAACAAUUGGUUUUCUGAGUGUAAAACAAAGUUUGUUAAAGUUCUUUCAUUUAGGAAAACUUUUUCAGGAAUAUGUUUGUCUUACAUUACUGGUUGUCAUUAUCUCAGACUGUCAGAUUGAACAGUUUUUCUCCAAAACUUAACAUUAAAUCUUGUUAUAAAAGAAAUCCUGACUAUUCCUAUGCAGAUAUGUUUUACAAGAAGAGGAUAACAAGGUUCUGCCUGUUUUGAUGUUGUAGAAGAGCUUCUAAUGUGAAGAUGAAAAAUUCUAGUGACUACUAGAUUUCUCUAUAGAACGCUGCAUUAACAGUUAUUGUAUUUGAUAUUCAGAAAUAUAAAAAUUAAUAAAAGAAUGAACUCAACAGAAGCAUAUUCAUUAUAAAUUAGACAUCACAUAAGUAAACCUAUAUGUUAAGUCCUAGAAAAAAAAUACAUAAAUUGUUUUUUUUUUCCCCAUCACAUAACAAAAACUCUGAUAGCCACAGUUCUUUUUUUAAUCAUGAAAAAUGUUUUGUAGCGCUUUCUUUUAAAUUGGUUUGGGGAAAGGUGAUUUUGUUGCUCCUUGUGGUGAUGCUCAUUUUGUUAGAGAACACUCACUGGAAUGUGAGCAGAUUUUUAUUUUAUUUUUUUUAUUUUUUUGUGGUGGUUUUUUGCACCGUAUUCUUUUUUUUUUUUGUUUUGUUAUUACAGAAAGUAUAUUCUAGGGUUUCUUUUUGUAUAUGUUUGGGGAAGAUCAGCUUCAAUUUCUGAUUUUAUCCACAAUGCACCAGUAACAUGGUUUUCAGGGUUGUCCCCCACCCCGCAUCCUGCUCUUUUUUUCCCUCACCAACUUCCUCUCCCUUACUCCUGACCAGCUUAAAGUAUUUUAUUGCUGGAUGUUCUAUGAAGUGUAACUUAUUCCCUUUUAGCAUGUCAGAAUAAAUUACUUCUGAGAAACCCUGA